AUGGAUUGCAAUCAUCCAGCAAACACAGACCCACUCUUCCCUAAUACCUGUGUAGCGGCGUCGUGCUGUUUGAGAAAAAGCAAGGAGAAGCCUCUGGAAAGAAAAAGUAUGGAUGUUUCUCAGGAAGAACUUGAGCCUCGAACUGAGGAGAGGCCAGGAAAAAGGAGGAGAACAGAGACAGAAGAGAAGGGAACACAAACUAUUAAAACAGCAAAGUUGCCUGUAUACUACACGAUGGGAGGACCUUUGGGAAAAGGGGCCUUUGGUGACAUCUUUGCAGGUGUUCGGAAAUUAGAUGGGAGAAAGGUGGCCAUUAAAAUUGAACAAAAGCUCGAUGAUGCACAAUUGAUCACUCUUCCCGGUGACACACAGAGACGCCCUCUUGAGGUGGCACUAAUGGAGCUCGUGUGUAAGCCGCCUCACUGUCCAUAUGUGAUAGAGAUGGUAGAAUGGUUCGAGACGCCCUCAUACUUCGUCUUGGUUCUGGAGAGACCUGAACCCUGUGUUGAUCUCUACUGGUACUGCAGAUGUCUACACAACAGCUUAUCUGAACAUCAGGUAAAAAUCAUCAUGGAGAAAGUAAUUUGGGCUGUAUUGCACUGCCAUGAACGGGGUGUGUUCCAUCGAGACAUCAAGGAAGAAAACAUUCUCAUAAACCCUCAGACCCUUGAAGUGAAGCUGAUUGAUUUCGGCUGUGGUGAUCUGCUUAAGGACACGCCCUACACGGAAUAUUCAGGGACUAUAAUUUUCAGCCCACCUGAAUAUUUUACUGCACAUCAGUACGAGGCGGAACCUGCCACAGUCUGGGGUCUGGGUGUGCUCCUGUACAGUCUGUUAUGUGGAGAAGAACCUUUUAAUAACUACUUGGAGAUUAUUAAAGGCGAGCUGAACCUUCCUGAUGAGCUGUCUGAAGAUUCCUGCAGUCUGAUAACACGAUGUCUGGAACAGGAUCCAGAAAGACGAGCAAACUUAGAAGAGGUCAUCACACACAGCUGGUUCAACAGACCAGAAUAGACCAAAAUAUCGUGAGCUAAAUUUCAGCCAGGGGUCACCAGGGUCAGUGAGAAUCUCCUCAACAGUACCUUCACUUGGGCUGAAAAACAUUCCAACAAAGUCAUAAAUC